AUGGGAAACGGAGCCAAGGCUCAGAUGAAGCGGGAUCGCAAUGCCAAAGAUGCAAAAGGCGUAGGAAAGUCCCAACUCAAGGCUGUAUGCAUAUUCAUCUCCUUUCUCUUUCGUCUCCUCCGUGGGCGUAAGGUCAUGCUCACUGUGAUAUAG